AAAAAAACUAAAUACUGUUAAGUGUUCAGUCACAACACUUGUUCUGAACUUGUGUUCAGCCAUUGAGCUCUGUCGCUUCCUGUGUUGACAAAAGUGGGGAUAUUUUACCAAGGACAAUUGUAUUGACAGGUAACCUCAAUAUACUUUCCUCUGGAGCUCAAGGUGGUGGGCUAGUAGCCUAGUGCUACAGUUUACUGUAGAGCUAAGCAUGCAGCUAAGCUAGUUUUCUGUUUACAACUGUAUGGCAAUUCAUAGGCUCUUUGUAAUCUAACGACUGAGAGCUACUCUGCGUAAGUGCUACUGGUGUAGCGAACCUGGCUAGCCUGUCAACUCUGGUCACCUCGCAUGUAUUUUAACAGAUAAUUGGGAGAUUACACCAAGCUGUUGGCAGAUCAUUUAUAAUUUCCAUGUUACCCUUGGAAGGAGUGCCAUUACUGUUCUUAGAAAACUACAUUUUAUUAAUAAAAAAUAAUAAUUUUGAUUUCUUGUAGCCACUCUGAAGAAAAGGGAGAGCUCAGGUUAGCUAGUCAAACAUAAUAAACGUACUGUGGCCUGUGAAUCACAUACUGUUUUUUCCCAGAUGGAAUUAAAAACUGUGGUGCAACACAGCUUUUAGUCUUAAUAUUAUGAAAUUAUCUGUGAUCAACUGUAUAAUGACCUGCAAUCAGGUAAAGAAACAUAACUUCAACUUCACUAUGCUAGCUGUGAACACUUUGAUUAGCUUUUGGAUAUUUAGCCAUUAGCUUAUGGUUUAGAUGUUUAAGCCAACCUCAGAAAAUGCAAUUAAGAUAUGGUUAGUUUUAACAGUAAUGUUGCUAUUUGAUUCCUUACUUAUAAUAGAUAUUUUUGGGGAAAAGAUGUGAAAAAACCCCAUGAAACAAUAGUUUGAUGUGUGAAAUGGUACCCAACAGAAAAUUUUGUUGCGCACUAUCUGCAAUGUUUGCUCUGUUGCACGUUGCCAUAACCAUACGAAAUUACCGUUUAUUACGUCUAGUAUGGGUGCUAGUACUGUAAAGUGUGCGAUUACAACGUGACAUGAUUGCUUUUCUCAUCUCCUCUGUCAUAAACUAGUAGCUGGUUAAUUGUAGCCUCGUUCUUGGUUUCAGGAACUGCGCCAACAUGUUUUAUUUGAUCUAAUUUCUUCUCUGUUGUCAUAUCUAAAGACAAGAACUUGCCACUAACCAGGUCAUGUCGGUCUGCACCGACGUAACACUACUGCAGAGCAAAGGCAGCCGCCAUUUCCCAACAGAACAAGAGGGAGGGAGAGAGAUGAAGAGGAAGAAGACAGACACACGGGAAGCACGGCUGUAGAACAAAAACACAUAUAUGGCUCAAGUAAGGCGUUAUUUUACCAACACCAAAACAGGGCCACUACACAUUUUAUCCCUGUGUUUAAAUUCCGGUUUCACCCACACGCGUAAUUUAUAAAACACCAGCAGGCACUGGAUGGGUUUCAAUUUUCAGUCCAGACUGCGUCCCACCCGGGGUCAAUUUACUGGUUGAGGUUUUAGUUUCUCCCAGUUUGAACUAACCUAACUACAUUUAACCGCGUUUGUCUACUGUCGGUCGUCCUUCCUGGUGUCUGUGUCUCUUGUCAGUCGACCUGUCCGUAUCUAAAGUCUGUCGACCAGUUUCCUCUCCGUCUAUCUUCUGGCGAUGGCUGUACUUCCCUGAAUCAAUAUAACUGCAACUGAACGCUUGGGAGUCAGUGGUGGGUGCGUCCCAAGAACCGCUGUUCAUUUUCGAUAGCGUAGAAGAACCUCCGUAAUCUGUCGGUGUUCGACGACACGUUGUUUCAAACAGGUGGCGGCAGCAAGAUGGCGUCCGAGGCUGCGCAGUAGCGAAGGAGACGGCGAUGACGUGACGACAAGAGACACCUCGUGUUGCGUUUCUUCACUCACUUAGAAAACGACUUGCGAUGUCGCGAUGUGGCGGAACGGUGAUAAAACUGACGACAACGGUCGGACUAAAGCCCUCCCGUCGAAUGAUGUGUUCAAGAAUGCUGUCUUGAACAAUUGUCUGCACCUGUAAGAAGGACCUUCCCUUAAAUGUCUGGGACGUGUCCAUGGCUAGCAAAAGGAAGCAGAAAGACAUGGUGCUCCGUCAGGAAAGAGCAACCACCCCUGCAGCAGCGACUGCAGCUGAGCAUCCAGCUGCAUGCAGUAUUCUUUCUACAACACAAAAGGCAAAGGAAGGUGGUUGGAAACUACGCAGCCAUCAAAACGUAACCAACAAAGAGAGGGAUAUGACGGGCAAGGAAGUCAGCAUGUCUCCUGUUCUUUCGCCUGUCAAACAGCCCACUAGUCUACACUCUCAACAAGAACCUCUGUCUCCUGUCAGUUUCUGUAAAGGCAUCAAAGUAACUCUAGACAACAACAGCAUGUGGAAUGAGUUCUACAGAUGCAGAACAGAAAUGAUUCUGACCAAACAGGGCAGCAGAAUGUUCCCAUAUUGCCGUUUUCGUAUCUCGGGUCUACAAUCUGCUAUGAAAUACUCUUUAAUUAUGGACAUCCAACCUUUAGACAAUAGUUGUUACAAAUGGACAGGCAGUAGCUGGCAAGCGGCUGGGAAAGCAGAAGGUCAUAAGAAGAGUCCACCAUUCGCCCAUCCAGAGUCCCCCUCAACGGGUGAACAUUGGAUGCAAAAUCCAGUGUCUUUCUACAGACUGAAACUUACGAACAGCAUCUCUGAAGGGAACAUUUUUCUGCACCCAAUGCACCGGUAUCUGCCACGACUGCACAUCAUUCCAACUGAUAAAGCUACUAAAGACAUUAAGUUAACUGGGCCUAGUGUUGUCACUUUCACCUUUACUCAGACAGAAUUCAUGGCAGUCACUGCCUACCAGAACUCUAAGUUUGCUCAACUUAAAGUUGACUACAACCCAUUUGCUAAAGGACUAAAGGAGGAGUUGUCCGGUUCUAUGGGCCAGAAGCUGAAACUAAACUCUGGAAAAGAUUUGCACAAAGAGGAACCAAACAGAACCAAUCCAUUAAAGACCAACCUAAAAUCUUUGCUUGCAAAUCAUAAACGAAGAAGCCUAAAAUUAGCAGAUUCAAAGUCUUUACCACCAGGUGACACCACAAACAAAAUUCAGUCCACUGCCAGAGUUCCUGAGGAGAGUUUGUGCAGUGGUUCACCUCCUGCUCAGAAGUUAUUUUCAGAACUUAUUAGGGAAGCUCACGUUUCACUGCAACGUUGUAACAUGGAAGAGAUCAGUGCUAACAGCACUUCACGGAGAACUAAGCUAACUCACAUGGAAGAUGAAAACCAACAAACACCAUCUGCAAACAAAAGUGACUGUGUGUUGAUGCCAAGAAAACUUAAGACAACAACAAGACAGUGUUUGGAUGUAGAGAUUCCCAAAAAAACUGAUAUUUGUGAGGUUGUUAAUGUGUCCCAGAAGUCCUGUGCAGAAACGGACCAUCAACCUAAACUAGAAUCUUCAUCAAAGGUGAAUGUAGAAAAGAAGAGAUGUACAGCAGCACUCCCUCUUCCUGCUCUUGCCCGGUUUUUAAAGCAACAUUCAACAAAAUCAAAAAAGUCCAACAUUGGGCCUCCUCCUACAGUAACACCUGACUCUAAAGCACAGAUUUCUGAUAAAAAGGUUCCUGAAGGCAAUCUCGUUGAUAUUGUAAAAGAAUCCAACAGUUUCACAAAUGAUCCUACAUGUGAACCAGUAAAAGUUACCAUUCAGCCUACCAGUCUGUCAUCAGGUACGGCUGAAAACAUUGAACCAACAGUACCAGACGCUGGCAAUUCCUUUGACUCUAUUUCAACUUCAGAAAAUCCAAACUUUCGACCUACAGACAUUGAUGGACCACCAGUAUUAUGUACCCUUGAGGAUUUUACACCCACUGUCUCCUCUCUUUUAUCUACCUCUGAUGACUCUCCUGUUUUAUCACAUCCCAUUGAUACAGUGUUACAUGUGAAUAAAUCACCACAGACUCGGGCUAUCACAGAGUCAUCUACACUACUCCCUAAUUCCCCUACAAUAAGGUCUGUUUCUUCACUUCCUGACCCAGAGUGUUCUUCUUUUACAUUUGAGCCUAUGUCGCCUGCAAGUUCUCCAGAACCAUUGCCAGCUCUUGCUGAUUCAUUCACUUUAGAACUUGAAUCGACCCUUUCUCAGCAAGGCCAGAAACCAGGAACCUCUGACUUGUCGACAAUGAGCGAAGGACCUAGCACAUCCGUGUUUCAAUGGCACACAGUGUUACCUCCCUCUGUGCCGUCCUACAUGGACACCGCAUACACACCAUUUUCUCCUACAUCACAAACGCUUUCUUUCUCAUCAGUCACACCACCACUCUUACAUUCGCCUCCUCCAAUAGACCCUGUACCCCAGAUCCUUCAACCUGCCUUGUCCAUUGCGGCCUCAGAUUCAAUUUCCUCCUUCCAAAUUGCUGAGCAGUCACUUCCAUUUCCUGGUGAAUUGUCUCCACUUGUGCUCCAACUGCCACUGUCUCCAACAUUUUCCUCAAUAGAUGGUGAUGUACUAUCACCUGCACCUUCUCUCACUGAUCUUGUGCAGUUUUUCUCCGUUAGUGAUGAACUUGGGAUGGAGGUGGAGUUUUCAAAUUCAGGUUUAACGCCAGCGCCCGCACCAGCACCCGCAUCUGCAACUGCCAGCUGUUCACCCACUUCUAAAUCAGAGGAAAAUGCACCAGAGCCAUGUCAAGAUGUUGAACCACCCAAGAAGUCCUGCAAACGCAGGAAAAUCUCCUGCAUGCAAAAGCCAUCCAGCAAUGGUCAGGAUCAAAGAGUGGAUGGUUCUUAUGCAAACAUGCAACCGAACAUGGAGGAGGUGGAGGAACAGUUGUUUGUCUCAUUUACAUCAAAGGAGGCCCUCAAACUUCACAUUCCAGACUCAUUAGAGGAAUCUCACCAUCAGCCAAUGCUGGAAAGUCACCCAUUGCCUCCAACUGAGACACCUGAGAGCGCUGAUGACAGCGAUGCCGUGCGUCAGAAGAUCUACAGGUAUGAGAAGAAUCUUCUCAGAGACCUGAAGCUAGUCAAGCAUCGGCAGGUCAUUCAUCCUGUGUUACAAGAAGUGGGUAUUAAGCUGAACCUCCUUGAUCCAACUCUGGCCAUAGACCUACAGUACUUGGGGGUUCAUUUGCCCAUCCCUCCUCCUGGAGUUGGACUGGAACCACUGACACAGGAGCUGACAUCGUCUCAAGGAACGUCUGCAGCAUUUGUUUCCAGAACAGGAAAAACCACUGACGUAACUCUGAUCAAAGGUUGGAGAGAGAAGUUCAGUCCUCCAGAGGCCCCGCCCACACCAAUGGCCAAACCUGAAGUCAGUUCCAGUUCAGAUCUGCCCAAAAAGAACUUGUCAGCAUUCUGCAGUGACAUGCUGGAUGAGUAUUUGGAGAAUGAAGGGAAGCUGAUUGAUGAACGAGCAGCCAGCUUCUGUCAGCCACAGGAGGAGCAGGUGCCGUAUGAACUUCCAGCCCAGAGCACCAGCUAUGUCCGGACACUGGACAGUGUCCUGAAGAAACACGGCCCUCCCACAUCUGACCUCAUAUCUGGAUUCAUCCCUCCCUCUAAGAGACCCAAAGUUUCCCCUCCAGAGAGGAAGACACGAGACAAUCUAAAAGGUUCAAAGCUAACCAGGAUGCGACAAAAACCGGCUUCUCCUCAGCCUGGAGAAAGGCUGAUGAAGUCAAAGCAAACAGCAGCCAUCACUGAAUCUUAUGUUUCCCGUUUAACAGUUCAAUUCAACCACACAGAGCCAAUAUCAGUCUCCCCAGAGAACCACAAUUUUAAAGGCAAGAGGAUGAUGAGGAGAUAUAAAACCUCAGGUCAAACUCUACCACCACUUCAAGAUGACCCAUCGGGACUAGAACCUAUAGAGUCGGACACAGAAGUGUCAAGAACCAAUAGGCAACAAGACAAAACACCUGUGAUGACCAGAGCUCUGCUCAGGCAGAAAGAUCUGGAGGAUGGAGUAGUGUGGGAGGGUCAGCCCCGGACCAGCAUCACCAAGGAGCGGGCUACCAUUGCUCUGACAUCACUCUUUACACUCAUGGGUUUUGUCAGUGAGAACCCAACUGCUCCCAUCCAGCUGGGGUGCAGUAGAGCGCCGCCCUGCCUUAAUGACUACUGCAGGUUGGGCUGCAUUUGCUCUAGUCUGGCUUACAGCUACAGGAUCGGGCACUGCGGCCGGCCACAGUGUAUGUUUGGCUGCAGCUGCCUCAAACAGAAGGUGGUGCUGCUGAAGAACUUGGACUGCCCCGACCUAAGCCCUUUAAAACAGGGCAGCAACAAGAAGAGCAAGAGGAGGAAAAGGAGAAUGAAAAUGGCUUAUGUUCUGAAGGAGGCAGAGACAGUUUCCCAACCUGCAGAGCGGGUCCACGUUCUCUGGAAAAAGGAAAAUGAGGACUUGGAUCCAGAGCCAACAUACAUCCCUCAACAACACUCCCAGACCAACCUGACCAGACCUGUCCAUUUGCAGCAGUGUUUGGACCAAACGAGAAGCUGUGCCAGAGUCAGAGCUUACACCGGGAAGGGACGGAGUCAGAAACUGAAGGAGAAGAAUGAAUCACUCCAACUGAAACCUCACACUCCCCAAACCUCAGAUGAAGUAAGGAGCCAGAGUCCAAGUCUCUCUUCAGCAGCAGAACAGUCUCAGCCACCUCCAUCUGUCCAGCCUCCCAUUCCGCAGACAGAGCUGCCCUCUAAGCCAUCGAAACGCCUGAUCAUCCUGGCUGAGUGCAAGUGGACGUCCGAGGAUGACCGAAACCAGGUUUUAAAGAGCAUGUGUGAAGCCAUGGCUCUGGACCGACUAAAUACUCAGUUCUGGGUCAAAGACUAUCUCAUCACUCCCAUCAGUCAGACUGUGGAGGAGGGCAACGGCAACUGCUGUGUCCAGUACAAAGUCCACAUCAGCAGGCCCACACUUGAGCAGGAGGAAGUGGAAAAACCCCUCGAACAGAGCAAGGAGGCAGAAACUGAGGAACACAUGACCAACAAAGACGAGACAUCAGAGAACCGGCAGAAUCAGGUGGAGGAAAGUGACACUAACGAAGAGCAGGGGUCUACAUCUCAACAGAACAACAGUGGGAGUGAGACUAGUGGACAGGAACUGAGGAAAGAAGCAAAGACUGAGGACAGCCUGGCUCUGCCUUUACUGACAGGAAUCUCCCCUGCUGGAUUUUUGUCUGCCAAGGUGAAGCAGCCAGGAGGCACAGACCACGUGGUCGAGGUGAAUGGGAAACUCUAUCCUCUGGCUAAGAUUCAGUUAGGAAAAAUGGGGGCGCUGCAUCCUGCAAACCGCCUUGCAGCUUACCUAACUGGCCGAGUGGGGUCCAUAAAGAAGCAGCUACAGACACAGACUAUAAGUCCAACCACCCAGACCACCACCACUAUUACCACUUCUCCGGCCACCAGCACCUCCACUGGGACUUCAUCCCAACCCCAGUCAAUGGUACCAGGAACACUCCCUUCCACUUCCUCCACAGUCUCUCAGGUGAUUCAUCCUGGAAAUCUGGUCUCCAGUUCAAAGAUAACCCCAGAUCAAAAGGCAAUUCCAAGUCCUCGUCCAAAGGCCCCACUGUCAGGUGUGUCUUCUCACCCUGUAGCCCAGCCUCCACCUGGUCAGAGGGUCUUGCUGAAACCAGUUUCUUUACCAUCAGGAAAACAGUUUUACCGAUUCCCUGAUGGAAAAGUAGUGCAACUGGUGCCUCUCAACAAAAUGAAAGCAGAAACCCCAGCCCAGUUUGUACUGAGAGGCUGUUCUCCUACAGCUCUCCCCCGAUUGCCACUUCAGACUCCGGCGGUCACUGUUCAGAAUCAGAAAUCAACCACCACAUCAGCCACACUUCCCUCUGCUGCUCCUGCCUCCUCACUCUCAGGCUUCCAGUCCUUCUCUGUCUCCCCCCUCCCCUCUCCUCUUAGUCCAGGCUCUGGCUUCCUGUCUCAGAAGGGAACAUGCACCUUUAAAAUCUUACCUGCUAGCACCAAGACAGAAUCCAUUGUUAUCAAAUGUUCUCCACUUCCACUUCUUCCCCCUGAAAAGUUGCCCCUGCCCAACAGCCCAACCCACUUAAAACUGAAGCCACCAGAAUCCACAGCGCCCCCUUUUCUUACUGGAGGGUCAGUGCCUUCUCAUGGACCACAGUCAGAGUUUGGAACCACAGCCACGCCCUCUCCUGCCUCCGACUCAGUGGUCACUGAGCCUGAGGUGGCCGAAGACCCUUUGGAUUUGGACAUUGUCUGUGUGGACGAUGAUGGUGAGAUCGUGGUGGACCCAGAGCCUUUAUCCAGCGGUGAGACAGAAAACUCAUCAGACUUCAGUGGAGAAUCAGCCAGUGAAGAAGUGUUGGUGAAAGGAGGAAGACAAAGAUUGGCGAUUGACAUAAAACGAGUCAAACACAAACGGACACAGCGGCAGCAUCGUAAGCUUAUGAUGCAUAAAUUUAAACGUUUGAGAGAAGAAGUGGGGUUUGAAGAUGACAGGGUGUCAAAGUUUGUCACCCUCAACAAGACAGAUGUUGUGUCUGUCCUCCAGGCAAUGCAGGUGAUCAAGGACCUGAGGACGACUGAAACAAAUCUGAUGUUAAAGAAGAGGGAUUUGAAAAAAAAGAGGGAUUCAUAUCUGGCCACACUGGUUCCAUCAAGUGAACAUCAGCAGCAUUUCAGUAAGGAGAGGGAAACGGAAUUGGAAAACAUAGACCAGGCCACCAAUCAGCUGCCGGAAGAGGAUUCUGAUGAUGAUGUCAUUAUUCUGUCAUCUCAACAACCUCAGCAGACACCUAUCCCUCCUGAUCAGUCAUCUGACCAAGCCCAGUUAUCUGUAACUGGUCCCAAACCUGCUGGCUCCACAUCAGCUUCUGUCCAAUCUUUAGUCCCCACCCUGGUACAGCCAGUCCACAGUGUCCUGAAGAAGUCCAGGGGGGCUGCCCCUGUCAUUCAUCGGGGCGGGGUCAGAGAGCGACAGAAGACGGUCCCAAACAUCUUGUCCCGAAAGAGAAAGCCUUCACCAUCUCCACUCAAAGACACUUUGGAUUCUCCACCCAUCACAGCUGUGGUUCCAGCUGAUGUUCUGACUCUGGUUGGUACAGCGUUGCCUGGACAAAAGCUUCUGACCCUUGGGCCAGUAAUGGACAAAAAAUCAUUUCUGCAGCCAACCACAGGUAUGGUCACCCUCAACAUCCCCAGUGUGACCAAUAAGAUAAAGCUGGACUCGCUGCUGUACCCCACCUCUGCUGCAAAACUCCUCCACCUGGUUCCUGAGCUUCCGCAGCUCUCACCAGCUAGCCCUCUGGUGUUGUCUGCUGGUACAAACCUCACCUCCCAGAAGAAUCCGGACAAAAAUCAGCAACACAAUCAGAACCAAGAGAAAGUCCAGGGCCUAAUUGAAACGAACCCUAAAUCCCCCAUCUCCUCAUCAUCUCCUCCCUCCACUGGAGGUGGGGCGUGUUUUCUGGAUCCAGGGGUGGAGCCUGAGGGUGGUCCCGAAGGUUUAAAGACACUCCUCAACGAAUUAGUCUUUCUCAAUCAGAACACUGUUUCCACAGCAACAAAAGUGGAGAUGUCAAGUGAAGCAGUUAAUGUUGAGGGUGAGGGUUGUGUGAAGGUGAACUGCACCCCCCAGAAAACAGAGGGGGCAAUGCUUCAAGAACACACGGAAGGAACACCCAGCAGAACCACCAAUGGGAACACCACCAAAGUAGUCUUGACCCCACCCCCUUUAUUGCAAAUGAAAGUGGGUGAAGCCAUCUCAUCAGACUCCACCCCCAGUCACAAAGCAACAGCAGGUGAAGGAGCUGGUGGUCACGAUGAUGCUUCUCCAUCAUGGAGACCUAUGCCCCGGCUGGUUCCUCUGGGAGUUAAAGGAGCGCCACCUAUCUGACAGAUCAUGUCACGUCUGGUUAAAGUUAUCCGCUGACAUUUCUGCAGCUAAUGAAAACAAAAGACUGAUUAUUGACUGACUUUUAUUUAGAAAACCUUUUAAUGAUGCACUGUAAACACAAGACGAAUAGAAACCUGAGAUACUUUUAUUAUAAGACAUUUAAAAGAGUUUUCCGUUUUUUUUGUUUUAAAAAAAUAUCAUGUUUCAUAACAAUGUUACAGGAGAUAAAUGGCAGUUUGUUUGACAGUCUUCCUGGUCCAGUGUGAUCAGGAAAUGUGGACAUUGAUGACUGAUGACUCUUUUCUGUUUAACUAUGUACAGUUUAUGUGUUUCUGAAAUUUGUAUUUUUCUACACUUCAAACAGACAAAUAAAUGACUAGUCCAGGACACUAAUUUAAAUAAAGGUUGACGUUGGA